GCCCCACCCUGCUCGGGAUUUUGGGUGUUUGGGGGAUCCCAGUGCCUCUUGCCCCACCCAGCCCUGCCUAGGGAUGGGAGGAUCCUGGUGCCCCGAGCCUCGCCCGGGGGCCUGGGGGUGUUUCAGUACCUCCCCCCCUUCUGAGCUCCCCGUCCUCCCCAGUUCUGGGAGGUGAUCAGCGACGAACACGGCAUCGACCCCAGCGGCAACUACGUGGGGGACUCGGACCUGCAGCUUGAACGCAUCAGCGUCUACUACAAUGAGGCCUCUUCUCACAAGUACGUGCCUCGCGCCAUCCUGGUGGAUCUGGAGCCGGGGACGAUGGACAGCGUGCGCUCCGGUGCCUUCGGCCACCUCUUCCGCCCUGACAACUUCAUCUUCGGGCAGAGCGGUGCUGGGAACAACUGGGCAAAGGGGCACUACACAGAGGGGGCCGAGCUGGUGGACUCGGUGCUGGAUGUGGUGCGGAAGGAGUGUGAGAACUGCGACUGCCUGCAGGGCUUCCAGCUGACCCACUCGCUGGGCGGGGGCACCGGCUCGGGCAUGGGCACCCUGCUCAUCAGCAAGGUGCGGGAGGAGUACCCCGACCGCAUCAUGAACACCUUCAGCGUGGUGCCGUCCCCCAAGGUGUCGGACACGGUGGUGGAGCCCUACAAUGCCACGCUCUCCAUCCACCAGCUGGUGGAGAACACGGACGAGACGUACUGCAUCGACAACGAGGCGCUCUACGACAUCUGCUUCCGCACCCUCAAACUGGCCACCCCCACCUAUGGCGACCUCAACCACCUGGUGUCGGCCACCAUGAGCGGCGUCACCACCUCCCUGCGCUUCCCCGGGCAGCUCAACGCUGACCUCCGCAAGCUGGCUGUCAACAUGGUGCCCUUCCCGCGCCUGCACUUCUUCAUGCCUGGCUUUGCCCCGCUGACGGCGCGUGGCAGCCAGCAGUACCGCGCCCUCACCGUGCCCGAGCUCACCCAGCAGAUGUUUGAUGCCAAGAACAUGAUGGCAGCCUGCGACCCCCGCCAUGGCCGCUACCUCACCGUGGCCACUGUCUUCCGUGGCCGCAUGUCCAUGAAGGAGGUGGAUGAACAGAUGUUGGCCAUCCAGAGCAAGAACAGCUCCUACUUUGUGGAGUGGAUCCCCAACAAUGUCAAGGUGGCCGUGUGUGACAUCCCGCCGCGGGGGCUGAAGAUGUCCUCCACCUUCAUCGGGAACAGCACGGCCAUCCAGGAGCUCUUCAAGCGCAUCUCGGAGCAGUUCACAGCCAUGUUCCGCCGCAAAGCCUUCCUGCACUGGUACACGGGCGAGGGGAUGGACGAGAUGGAGUUCACCGAGGCCGAGAGCAACAUGAAUGACCUGGUGUCCGAGUACCAGCAGUACCAGGACGCCACGGCCGAGGAGGAGGGUGAAAUGUACGAGGACGACGAGGAGGAGUCGGAGGCGCAGGGCGCCAAGUGACGCCCGACGCCGCCCCCCAACAGUGCCCGCAGCCCCCCCGGCUUUGAGCUGCUGCACCCCCCAGGUGCUGCUCCCCCUGCCAUCCCCUCAGUGUCUCCUGGCCCCAUCCCCCCUGAGC